GUCAUUUACAUCUCUGGUGUACCCCCAGAUCUUCAAGAAGUGGAGAUCGUCAAAUGUCUCAGGGAAUGUCUUCCUUUCAAAAUCCAGCUCAAUCAUCCUGUCCCGAACAGGGACAGACACAAGCCAGAUGCAUACUAUGAUUGGAUGACUAGACAAGUCUUGCUUAUCGCACAAGCUGAAAAGGCUCUCGCUAUCCUCCCGUUUCACUUCGCCUUUGUCAUGAAAAAUAUGACCGUCUCCCCUGCACCUCCUCCGAGCUAUCUUCCGUUCCCUGACCCUACCACCAGAAUCCGCUACAUUCGACCUCAACGACUGGUUUUUCCGCCCGAACCCUCGCCUAGUCGUGAUGGGAUCCUCCCCACAGCCUGGCCCACUUCAGGAGAUAUCUUUGAGGCACUCAGACCAUGGGGCUCCUUGCGACAAGUCAAUGUCUGGCGGGAUGAAGACGGGGCCGAGCUCGAAGGCGAAGAGCAUAAUUGGCGCGCCUUAGCUGAGUUCUGGCACGAGGACGAAGCGGAGCGAUUUUCCACGGGCUUCGGGGCAACGGCCAGUUAUCUAAAAGGAUGGCAGAUCUUUGUCAUUGCUGGUGCACAAAGCGAACCGAUUUCCCAACCCUCUUUCGUCCCUUCAAUUCCUACACCCCAGCCGCCUCACCCUUCAGCUAUCACGCUUCCAUCUCACAAUGUCCAAUAUCUUCCACAAACCCCAGCUCAGCUCAGCUCCGAGGCUUUCAAGCAGUCCGUCGGUAUCAUGUCCAUCCGCGACUCUCCAGAGCAUGGCGUCGUUCCUGUCAUCCCUGGAAUGGGUGUCCCACCGACUCCACCUUACACCGAAGUUGUGCCUUGGUCAGCUCAUAAUGUGUUCGCUGGGAAGAACGACUAUGAUGUCAGCCUUCCCUUCUCUCCGACUGCCGACUCGCAUCGAGGUAGCCAACUUAGCACAAAGGGCAGUAUAGGUAGUCUCAAUAGUCUGUCCCGAUCUGUCUCUGGAACUCCAAGGAAGUGGAGUUUAGACGUGAGCGAGACUGUCAGUGGGGAGUAUAAGGCGGUCGGACUGAUCGCGAACGAUGGGAUGUACAUACAACAUGGUCCUGGACAGCAUAUACGCCCUGCUCCGGUGAGCGGACCAGGCUCGACCAGCGCGUCUGGGCUUGUCGAUUAUGCGAAUGUGUUCGUCAAGAGUUUGGACCCAGAUAUCAACUCCGACUUCCUUAAGCAUUUGUUUGAGCCCAUGGGCCGGAUCGUCAGUGCAAAGGUGAUGCGUGAUGACUUGGGCAGGAGUCGUGGCUACGGGUUUGUCAGCUUUCAAUCUCCGGAAAUGGCGGCUGCAGCUAUCGCGCAGUUCAACGGUACCACUGUCGGACGUCAACAAAUUCAGGUCACGCUUCAUGAACCUCGCAAGCUGCGACCAGAGAAAAUUGCGGAGCGCAAGGCUCUUGGUCUGCCGGCGAGUUUUGGUCGUGCUAGUGGCCAGAGAGCACGGUCGUCUACUAGUCCACAACGGACUGACGCCAAGUGGCGUUCGAGAAACUACUCAUCGAUCUCGCCUUUUGCUACCACCGACGACAUUCGACUCCUCAGUCCACAGAGCCGCAAGGUAGAGCUUGAGAAGCGAGUCGAUCCAAGGGUCAGGACUUUCGCCCAACUGAACGCCGUUCCAGAGGGGUUCAUCCAGCCGGCCGUGUCUGCCCUCGUACAAUCCGACCUCGAACUCAUCUCCCUCCUCCAUGAUCCACAUCAGUUGCAAAUCCGCAUUGCGGAGACAAUCGGCACCCUUCAAGGCGACCCAGAUCUCGACUCGGUUUCGUCACUCCCACUUUCUUCGCGUGAGUCUGACACACUACACGCUGAGGUAGCUCGCAUCGACCCCAUGGAGGUCGACCAAGUCAUGACGAUUCUUCUCUCCACUGUCACCAUCGAAGAGCUGCGUCACUGUCUAUCGUCAAAGUCUUAUCUUGCAGCAACAUACAACGUCGCCAAGAAGGAACUGAUCCGUCGCCAAGAGGUGACUGCUCCAACUGUACCCGCCCCCACGCCCGUCAACCAAUCACCAUCGCCCCCUCGCUCGUCGCUUGAACCGAAUCAAGAUCCUCCCACCAUCCUGGACAUCCCAUCCGCUACACUUCCCGCUCUCGCCGCUCUUUCUGCCAGGGACAUUGUCGCGAAUCUCACAUACGAAGGUUCGGACAUUUUACUCUUCAAGCUCAACCUCGGCCGGCCUGCGGCGCAAGAAGUCUCGGGACUGGCUGCGUGGUCGGAUAAGGUGAUGAAGAAGCCAAUGAUUGAGCGAAAGACCGAGAUGGCGGCUAUGCUGGCAAAGAGACUAGAUGGAGGACUAGUGAAGAGGAGUCAGAAGAUGAAAGUAGCAAUGGGAAUUGUCAAUGGUGAGACGGAUGAUGGGGCUUUGUGCAGACUGUGA